AUGGUAUAUGAUGGUAAACCCAGUAAAGGUUGUGGAACCUGUCGCUCGCGCAAGAUCAGAUGUGACCAGGCCCGACCAGGUUGCCGGGAAUGCACUCGAACCAACCGAGAAUGCCCUGGAUAUCGCGACGAAAUGGGGCUGAUCUUUUGUGAUGAAACUGAAGCCGUCGCACGGAAGGCGCGGUCUGUCUAUUCUUCUGUCGCGGCUUCUACCUCGUCGUCUUCUUUAAGGCGCCCAAUUCCGCCCCAGUCGACUAAUUCCAGUUUCAUAGGGCAAAAUUCUGAAUGCUCUAUAAUCUCAGGCUCUUUUACGGGCCUAGGCGACCCUGAAUUUGAGUAUGGUUCUGAUACUGACCUCCAAUUCAGUAUGCGCCGAGCCAGACUGAGUCCUCUGGGAACACAUCCCAACACGGGAGUCUCAAAGCACGAGGCUAUUUGUUUCUUCCUCCAGUCGCACACUUUUUCAGGUAACUUUCUGAUAAAGGACACUUUGGAACAUUUCCUCAUGGCGUCUAGUGGGUCAUUAGGCCAGCGAGCCAUACAAUCCAGCAUAGUGGCGGUUGCCAGCGCCAUGCUCUCGCGUGUUCAAGGAGCUGGAGCAUUGUAUCAAGUUGCAUGUAAGGAGUACGGAUUUGCACUAGAGCUUGUCAAUCUGGCACUUGCCGAUCCCAAUGAGGCAAAGACAGACCAGACACUUGGUGCAGUUGUUCUUCUAUCCUUAUAUGAAAUCGUUGUAUCAAGGUCUCCGCAAGGAAUUGAGGGCUGGGCGAGCCAUAUUUGUGGAGCCGCAGCUCUCCUACAGUACCGGGGCCAUGCACAAUGGCAAAGCAUAGUAGGAAUCCGGCUUUUCCUACAUUUGCGAUAUCAGGUCGUCACAAGCUGCCUCCAGCGCGACAGUCUUGUACCCAUCUCUCUAUUAGAGUGUACCAUCCUCGAUACAUUCCCUGGAAUAAAGAAUGAUUUUGGAAAUAGACUUAUUGUGAUCAUCGGCAAUCUUGCAAAUCUGCGUGCAAAAAUCCGCUUACAAGUAUUGACCAACCACGAAAAAAUACUGAGUGCAGCCUGUGCUAUCGAAGCUGAACUUCUUAGCUGGUUGGCUGCUCUGCCACCGGAUUUUACAUACAGUACCCAUACACUCAUGCCACUAGACGCUUCUUUCAAGUACCACUGUCAUGGUAUCCAACCCUACAAAAAUUUUUAUCACAUCUACCCAGACAUCUGGUCGCCCAGUGUCUGGAAUCACUACCGCUGCGCACGUAUUCUUGUCAGUGAGCUUAUUAUAUCCCAAGUCCACACGAUAUCCAAAAUAUCGCCUGCGUCCUUAUCUGAAGAUUUUCGUUUAUACUGUGGGUCUCUACGCUCAACUAUACGUCACCUAGCCGUCGACAUCUGCCGCAGUAGCCCGUUUCUUCUGGGUGCUUGUAACUUGGAGGUACCUCCAGAAACGCCUAUUCUCCCGCCAGAGAGCUAUCUGGGCGGUCUCAUGCUGCUUUGGCCUCUAUUUGUUGCCGGAAUGGUCGAGGGACCGACUCAUCCACAUCGUAUGUGGGUAGUACAGUGUCUUCGAAUGAUAGGGAACAGGUGGGGGCUAGCGCAAGCGCUAGCAGAAAUGGAUAUUCUCAUCGUGGACCCUGGUAUGUUUUACUCUGCAGAGAUUUAUGGAGAAGCCGCUGAUACUGCGGUUGAGUCGUCCGUGCUUCCGUUCUCAGUCUAUCAUGUACCUUAUGAAAGUCUCUCUGCUUUGAAGGAGUUUCGAGAGCUUCAAGCGACUUCAGCAUAA